AUGUGUGCAGAAACCUUUAUAGUUCUGCUUCACCAGCUUCUCACUCCUGCCGUCGCAUUGCAGCGACAUAAGCUUGGUGUCGACCACACAGCCAGAGCACUGCUGCUUGCAGAUGCGUGGAGUGGAUUCCACGCACAAAAGGACGGCAUGGAGACAGCGCGGAUGGCGUGGUCAGAGCAGUGCAACUGCGGCCUGCCAGCUUUGCAGGUGGGUUUCACAGAGCUAAAGUUUGAUGCACAACACCCUGAGGCCGGAGGAUUCAGUGCGAAUGGGCAACCCAUAGAUCAGGUCCAUCACUUGCUCAGGACACGUUUGGAGUAUACUGAUGCAGAAGAUGUAUCUAUGGAAGCCGACCUUAGAUGUCGCAAGAGCUACUCCGAACUCGUCAUCGGGCCCAAUGGCCAACCACAACGCCCAUCUCCAUACAACCGUGCCACUCUUGCGCUCCGGUCACUGCGCGCUUGGAAGUCUGUGCCGAGGAGGGCGUUUGUUGCAGCAUGGACAGUGACCGGCUACUUUGGCCCAAGUCACUUCGGUGACUUGGGCAUGUCGCAGGAUGAUGCGCGUGAAACUUUAGACAGCACUGGCCUUCUAAAGUGCGUGGGCAUUAGAGAUGAUCGUGCUGCCGAUGUGCCGCAGACCAACAGGUGGUUUUGGUCGCUUCGAAUGGACGAUGACAAGAUUGCCGCUUUGCCAAGUACAAUCGCAUUUGCGGUUGAGAAAGCCGUUUGCGGACAUCGGAGGGAGAGGAAGAUCCUUUGGACCAGAAAACCGAAAGAGUGGAAGGAGAAACUCAUGGCAUUGAACAACCGGGUGACGAGCCUGGUCUACAACCUGCGCCAAGGCUGCUUGGCGACAUCUUCCUAUGUCAAAAGAAACACCACACUGGUCAACGGGCGCACUGAGUUUAUCAACAAGGGGACGAAUCAUGAACUUCUGAGAGUGACCUUCCAGAUUGAUGACUCCCACGACCCGACCAGUGCAGGGACAUAUUUUUUGUCAUCGGCAAAGUUCCCGAAGAGGGCCAUUUGCUGCGUAUCGACAACUACUCAGCCGGGCGGCUUUGAUAUUCUUCGAGAGAACUACACAGGACAAGAAAUGGGAUAA